AGCUUAGAACAAAUAAUCCUAAAUAUCUUUGAAAAAAUUUGCAUACCUAAUAUGCUCCAGGAAUUUGAAACGGAAGAAGCAGGAAGAGCUACAAAUGCUAGAAAUGGAGGUUGUGAGUCCUAUAAUCUAUCAUUAAUCCUUCCAAGUUCAUCAUUAAAUAACUUAGUACAUACUUGGCUAUCCGAAGACUUGCCAAGUUUUGAUUACAGUGGGACUGUUGUUGGCAGUCGUAAAGAAAAAGCUUUGCUUCUUUGCAAAUCACCUGGAAUUUUGGCUGGUUGCCCUUUCUUUGAUGCUGUUUUUGAACACCUUAACUGCAGAGUAAAAUGGUUGUUUAGUGAAGGAGAUCAAUUGACUCCAGUAUGUACUGUUGCAGAAGUAUCUGGUGAAGUCAAUAGAAUUUUAAUUGGGGAACGAGUUGCAUUAAACUGUAUCACUAGAGCAAGUGGUGUUGCAACAAAAGCAAGGAGACUAGCUGAUUUAAAAAGAAAGUCAUCAUGGGAAGGAGAAGUGGCUGGCACUCGCAAGACAACACCUGGUUUCCGUUUGGUUGAAAAGUAUGCCUUGCUUGUUGGAGGCAUUUCAACACAUCGUUUUGAUCAAUCAUCAAUGAUUAUGUUAAAAGACAACCAUAUUUGGAGUGUGGGAAGCAUUAGCUCUGCUGUAAAAGCUGCCAGACAUGCUGGAGGAUUUUCAAUUAAAAUUGAAGUUGAAUGCAGAAGUAUUGCAGAGGCUAGAGAAGCAGCGAGAUCUGGUGCUGAUAUCAUAAUGUUAGAUAAUUUUGCAUCUGAAUUAUUACACUCUUCUGCAGAAAUGUUGAAAAAUGAAUUUCCACAUUUAACUAUUGAGGCAAGUGGUGGCAUAAAUGAAGGAAAUAUUACAAAAUUUUUUGGACCGCAUGUUGAUGUCGUAUCCCUUGGCUCUCUCACGCAAGGCUAUGAAUGUGUUGAUUUCUCCCUGAAGAUUCACAAAGAAGGAGUAGAUCCAAGAAAUCCAACAAUAAAGGAAAAUUUUCCUUAAACAUCUACUUUUUACAUGCUAGCUUAAGAUGUAGAAAUGAAUAAAUUAAAGUUUAUUUAACAUUUAA